AAUGAUAUGACCUGAGAAGCUUCUCGGAAAAGCGAUUAACCAACGAAAAAACUGAGUCAAAGUAUGGAUUUGACUUUGACAAAAAAAGUUCCCGCGUCGAUGGAUGAUAGCCGAGCACACUCACACUCUCCUAGUAACUCUAACCCUCUCUCACCGCGUUAACAUUUCAGCUUUCACCAUUACUAUAUAUAUAUACUCUCGACCUUUAUCUUUCCCUUUCUUUUCUCUCCUUUCUCAAAUUUUUCAUUCUUCUGCAUGUGUUUUCAUCGUCCAAAUGGCUCACAACAAUCGCUACCUUCAACCUAAUCAAUUCGAUAUUCAGCAAAUUUUGUCAGAAGCACAAUAUAGAUGGUUGCGUCCAGCUGAAAUUUGUCAAAUUCUCACUAAUUAUAACCACUUUCAGAUUACUUCUGAGCCUGCAAAUAUGCCUCCAAGUGGUUCACUUUUCCUAUUUGAUCGGAAGGUGAUGAGAUACUUCAGAAAAGAUGGACAUAACUGGAGGAAGAAAAAAGAUGGAAAAACUGUUAGGGAAGCUCACGAGAGACUCAAGGCUGGGAGUGUGGAGGUGUUGCACUGCUACUACGCUCAUGGAGAACAAAAUCAAAAUUUUCAAAGACGAACUUACUGGAUGCUUGAGGAUGAACUCUCGCACAUUGUUCUAGUCCAUUAUCGGGAAGUCAAGGGAACCAAGGCAACUUUAAUAUGUUCCAAAGAUAAUGAAGAAUCCAAUCCUCCUUACGCUCAACAAACAUACAAGGCUAUACCCAACACAGAGAUGGAGACUUCUUUACCGUCUAGCACAAAUAGUGCUCAACCAUCAUCAGAUUACGAAGAGGCUGAAUCAGCAUUCAAUAGCCAUGCAAAUUCCGAUUUCUACUCUUUUCUUGAGAUGCAACACCCUGUUGUUCCGAAGAUUAAAGCUCAACAACUUGCUGAUUUUAACUGUCCUCUACCACUCAAAGGGUUGACAUAUGAUCCCUCAAAACUCCUUGGCUUUUCAUCAUGGCAAGAUAUCUUCGAAAAUAAUGUCGGAAGUCAUAAUGUGCCUUUUCAGCCUUUUUUUCCUGAAACACAUUUCAGUGACAUGAGAACAAAUAGUACUUCUCAAGGAUAUGAAGUAAUAGGGCAACAUCUAAGCAUCGGCAUUACUAAACACCAUGAGAACAGAAGUCUUUUACAAGAUAAAGGAAAUUGGCAGGAUUCUGGUUUUAAUUCUUUAAGCACAUCCAGUUGGCCCAAAGAUAAUGUGUGUUCAGGCUCAACAUGUGAGGUUAGUUAUAGUGACAAUGAGCAGGAAGUUAAUAAAAUUGAUUUUCAACAAUCCUUGGAACAGUUCCUUCUUCAUCCACACCAACACCACAAAGUUAUGCAAAAUAUCCCUCACGAAAUACUUUUACAAGCAGAACCCAUGUUAAAAUCGGAUCUAGAAGUCGGUAGAAGAGUAGAUGGAAUACAAGACAUUUGUUUCACUUCAAAGAAGAGUUUAUUGCAUGUAUCUGUGGCAGAAGAGGGUCUGAAGAAGGUUGACAGUUUCAACCGAUGGAUGAGUAAAGAACUAGGAGAUGUCGAAGAAUCGAGCAAGCAAUCCACUUCCAGUGCUUAUUGGGAUACAAUCGAAAGUGAAAAUGGAAUUGACGGUAUAACUAUUCCUUCCCAAGUGCGCCUAGACAACUAUGUCUUGGAUCCAUCUAUUUGCUACGAUCAGCUUUUCACAAUCAUUGAUUAUUCCCCAAGUUGGACAUUUGAAGACUCAGAAAUUAAGGUUCUCAUUUCAGGACGAUUCUUAAGGAGUCAGCAUGAAGCAGAAGACUGUAAAUGGUCAUGCAUGUUUGGCGAGGUAGAAGUGCCAGCGGAGAUAAUUGGGAACGGUGUUCUUUGCUGUCAUACUCCACAACACAAGGCUGGCAGGGUUCCUUUCUAUGUAACAUGUUCUAAUAGGUUAGCAUGCAGUGAAGUGCGUGAAUUUGAUUUUCGAGUCAAUUGUACUCAAGAAGCCAACACUGCAGGUGAGAACAGUAGCAGCAACAGUCUUGAUACUUUUAAUAAACGGUUUGGAGAACUGUUGUUGCAGGAUCAAGAGUUCCCUCAGAGUUUAGAUUCAACUAGUGUGAAUGAGAAAUCUCAACUGAGAAGUAAAAUCCGUUCAUUGUUUGGGAGGGAGGAUGAUGAGUGGGAAAAAAUACUGAAAUAUACUCUAGAAAGAGAUUUUUCUCCAGAACUUGUACAGGAGAAGCUGCUUCAAAAUCUUCUAAAAGAUAAGCUAUAUUCAUGGCUCCUUCAGAAAACAACCGAAGAUGGAAAAGGCCCAAAUGUAUUAGAUGAAGGUGGUCAAGGUGUGCUUCAUUUUGCAGCUGCUCUUGGCUACGAUUGGGCCUUGGAACCAACAAUAGUUGCUGGUGUGAAUGUGAACUUUCGCGAUGUUAAUGGAUGGACUGCUCUUCAUUGGGCAGCUUUUUGUGGCAGGGAGAGAACAGUUGCUUCCCUCAUAUCUCUUGGAGCAGCACCAGGAGCACUUACUGACCCAUGUCCACAACAUCCUUCUGGUAGAACACCAGCUGACCUAGCUUCUGCAAAUGGACACAAAGGAAUUGCUGGUUAUCUUGCAGAAUCUUUCCUGAGUGCACAACUCAAGUCUAUUGAUUUAAAAAGAGAAGCGGGAGAAAAUUUUGGAGCAAAAAUAGUACAAAGAGUCCAUGAACAUAACACUUUUCAACUUAGCAAUGAGAGAAUAUCACAUGAAUUGUCGAUGAAAGAUUCAUUGGCUGCAGUGUGCAAUGCAACUCAAGCUGCUGCUCGUAUUCAUCAAGUUUUCAGAGUGCAAUCGUUUCAGAGAAAACAGCAAAAGGAACAUGGUGUUGAUAAAUUUGGAAUAUCUGAUGAACGCGCUCUUUCACUGAUAGCAGCGAAUGCCAAGUCGCACAAGUUUGGACAACGUGAUGAGCCUGUUCAUGUUGCUGCAACACGAAUUCAGAACAAGUUUCGCAGUUGGAAAGGCAGAAAAGAUUUUUUGAUUAUACGACAGCGAAUUGUAAAAAUUCAGGCUCACGUGAGAGGUCACCAGGUUAGGAAAAACGAUGGGAAGAUAAUUUGGUCGGUUGGGAUCGUGGAAAAGAUUAUAUUGCGUUGGCGUCGAAAAGGUAGUGGUUUGCGUGGAUUCAAAUCAGAGGCCAUCUCCGAGGGAGCUACGGUACAAGGUGUAUCAUCUUCCACUGAAGAUGACUACGAUUUUUUGAAAGAAGGCAGAAAGCAAACUGAGAAAAGGUUGGAGAAAGCACUUGCUAGGGUGAAGUCGAUGGCUCAGUAUCCAGAUGCAAGAGACCAAUACCACAGACUAUUGAAUGUUGUAACUGAUAUACAAGAAAACCAGGUAAAGCAAGAUUGGAGUUCUAACAAUUCAGAAGAAACAAGACAAAGACAAUUCGAUAACCUCGUUGAUCUUGAAGCAUUGUUGGACGAAGAUACUUUCAUGUCUACAGACACUUAGAAAUUAACUUCCAUCUACCUGUUCAGUUGUUCAUUGUACGUAUGGGUUAGCAUUUUAUAACAGAAUCAAGCGAUUGUCUUAAUUUGAUCCUCGUAGCAAUCUUGAUCACAUUCACUUGUAGUUAAAAGGAAAUUUUGGGGUCAUUAGCUAACA